UUGCCUUGUGCUCCCGCAGCCUUCCUCUGUCAAGAAAAGGUGGCUGGCGGAGGGAAGCCCGCGUUGAUUCUCCUCCUCCCCCCUAACUUUUCGCCGAGUGGAAUGAUAUCCAGACUCAAUUUUUGGUGUUGUUGUUGUUGAGAGGCAGGAAGUGAGGCAUGUUCGCACUCUGAGCGCCUGAGAGAAGAGCCGAAGGCUGCUCUCUUAGACGGGACUUUCCUCCAUUCCCCCUUUCAGAAGGAAUAACCCAUGAAAUGGCUUUAUCUGAAGCGGUCUCGACGCUGCUCCCGGGAUUUUGCAGCUAAAGGAGACUUUUUUUGCCUUGGGUUUUCACAAUAGAAAUUUUGUGGAUGCUUCCUUUAUUCAGAACUUGGAAGAAAACCUGCCACGUUUUAAUGGCUGCUGCUGCUGCUGCUGGAUGAUCAUCUGCAACUCUUGACUUAACAGAAGAGACAACAUUGCUCGAUGGUUUCUGUGACUUCUUGUUAAUGACUGAAGGAAGAAAUGCCUCUACCUUUUGGGCUGAAGUUGAAACGAACUCGACGCUACACAGUAUCCAGCAAGAGCUGCUUGGUAGCCCGUAUCCAUCUACUUAACAAUGAGUUUGUGGAGUUCACACUGUCGGUGGAAAGCACUGGGCAGGAAAGUCUGGAGGCUGUGGCACAGAGACUUGAACUUCGAGAGAUUACCUAUUUUAGCCUUUGGUAUUUCAACAAGCAGAACCAGAGGAGGUGGAUAGACUUGGAUAAACCUCUCAAAAAACAACUGGAUAAAUAUGCAUUGGAGCCAACUGUAUUCUUUGGUGUGGUGUUUUAUGUGCCUUCUGUCUCUCAACUUCAGCAGGAAAUUACCAGAUACCAGUAUUAUCUACAACUGAAGAAAGACAUCUUGGAAGGAAACAUACCUUGCACAUUUGAACAAGCAAUUCAUCUUGCUGGCUUAGCUGUUCAAGCUGAUUUUGGGGAUUAUGACCAGUAUGAAUCACAAGAGUUUCUGCAGAGAUUUGCCUUGUUUCCUGUGGGUUGGUUGCAAGAUGAGAAGAUCUUAGAAGAAGCAACUCAGAAAGUGGCAUUACUCCAUCAAAAAUACAGGGGCCUCACACCACCUGAUGCAGAGAUGUUAUACAUGCAAGAAGUUGAGAGAAUGGAAGGUUAUGGUGAAGAGACCUACCCUGCUAAGGAUAGCCAAGGAAGUGACAUAUUCAUCGGAGCUUGUCUUGAUGGAAUUUUUGUCAAGCACAAAAAUGGUCGGCCUCCUGUCAUAUUUAGGUGGCAUGACAUUGCUAAUAUGACCCACAACAAAUCUUUUUUUGCAUUAGAAUUGGCCAAUAAAGAAGAGACAAUCCAGUUUCAAACUGAAGAUAUGGAAACAGCAAAAUACGUGUGGAGGAUGUGUGUGGCCAGACACAAAUUUUAUAGAUUAAAUAAAUGUAGCCUAGACUCCCCAGAUUCUUCGCCUGAGGAAGCCUCUCAGAAAUCUUUCCUCAUUCUUGCCUUUCCACGCUUUCCAAUCCUUUCUCGUCCUUCUCCGCCAAAAGGACAAGCUCAGACAGUGACAGUGAAUCCAGUUAGAAGGCGAUCAUCCUCCAGGAUGUCUCUGCAGCCUAAACCACAGCCUUACAUGAUGCCGCCACCACCACCUCAGUUACACUACAAUGGACACUACCCAGAACCAUAUACAUCCUCACAAGAUAAUCUCUAUGGGACUAACCAGAAUGGCUAUUACUGCCACUCUCAAACUAGCCUGGACAGAGCUCCGCAUGACUAUAAUGGCAGAAUCCGCAAUGGCAGUGUCUAUAGUGCUCACAGCACAAAUUCCUUGAAUAACCUGCAGCACUAUAUGCAGCCAUCACCCAUGUCCUCCAACCCAAGCAUUACCGGCAGUGAUGUCCUCCAUUCAGAUUAUGUCCCAUCGCAUCGGCAUAGUGCCCUAAUACCACCUUCUUAUCGGCCUACCCCAGAUUAUGAGACUGUGAUGAAACAACUAAAUCGAGGAAUGAUGAAUUCAGACAAACAGAGUCAUUCCAUGAGAAAUCUAAAUAUAGGCAAUUCAUAUGCUUACAGUAGGCCUGAUGCCCUGGUGUACAGUCAGCCUGAAAUCCGAGAACAUGCUAACGUUGCUUCCCCUCAUUCUGGUCACUACCCAUUUAACCUGAAUUACAGCUUCCACAGUCAGUCCUCAUAUCCGUAUCCUGCUGAAAGGCGCUUGGUUGUUGGAGCAGUGAGCGUUCCUGAGCUAACAAAUGUUCAGUUGCAGGCCCAAGAUUAUCCUGCACCGAACAUCAUGAAGACUCAAGUAUAUCGCCCCCCACCUCCUUAUCCUUAUCCACGACCCGCUAACAGCACGCCAGAUCUAUCUAGACACCUCUACAGCAGUAAUAGCAACCCUGAUCUCAUCACCCGACGGGUCCAUCACUCUGUCCAGACGUUCCAGGAGGACAGUCUGCCAGUUGCCCAUUCCCUUCAGGAAGUGAGUGAGCCUUUAACAUCAGCCCGGCAUGCUCAGUUGCAGAAGAGAAACAGCAUUGAAAUUGCUGGCCUGGCGCACAGUUUUGAGGCCAUGAGGAUUAAAGGGAGAACCAUGUCAGCAUCAACUGCAGAUGUGGCUUAUCCAAAGGUGAUCCCUGCUGGAUCACAGACUUCUGUUUUCCUAGGAAGGGCAAAACAAGAAAUUGAGGAGCAAGAGGACAAUGUGAAUUAUGGGCAUAAGAAAUCUCUUUCAGAUGCAACUAUGCUCAUUCAUAGCAGUGAGGAAGAGGAAGAAUGUGAAGAAGAAAAAAAGGCUAAUCCAGCUCUGCCAUUCAUCAAUGGAAAACCCCAGCUUCCUUCCCUAAUGGCAUGUUAUCCAACUGAAUCUUUAUUGAACUAUCCUUAUAGUUCUGUUGCCUCAUCUCCUGGCCCUUUACAUAUACAUGAGCCUAAAUUGCACAUUACUGAGACUGACAAGAGGGUAAAAGACGUGAGUCCCUCACACAUCAUGGGUGACUCUCAGUUGCUAAGGAGAGGAGAUGGGCUGUUAACUCCAUCUGUGUCCGAGUCUGACCUAACCAUUUCUGCCCGGUAUAGAGUGCGGAAGGAUUCUGUAAAGAAGAGACCAGUGUCUGAAUUACUGUCAGGGAAGAAGAAUAUUGUAGAAGGGCUGCCGCCUCUAGGGGUCAUGAAAAAGAACAGAGCUGAAGCUAAAAAAAUAGGACCUUUGAAGUUAGCGGCUCUGAAUGGACUAACAUUAUCUAGUCUUCCUCUGCCAAAUGAGGGGAAGGAGGAACCUCCCAGAGCAACAAAUGAUGAACGGUUCAAAGGUUUGGAACAACGGUUAGACCAAGGGAUGGUGUUUACAGAGUAUGAACGGAUUCAAAAGAAAAGGCUUGUAGAAGGUGACUGUUCAAUAGCCCGUCUGCCAGAAAAUGCAGAAAGGAACCGAUUCCAGGAUGUGCUUCCUUAUGAUGACACUAGAGUUGAGCUAGUCCCUACUAAGGAAAAUAAUACGGGUUAUAUCAAUGCAUCACACAUUAAGGUCUGUGUUGGGGGUAUGGAGUGGGAUUAUAUUGCUACCCAAGGUCCUUUGCAGAAUACAUGCCAAGAUUUCUGGCAGAUGGUAUGGGAGCAAGGGGUUGCCAUUAUAACCAUGGUGACAGCAGAAGAGGAAGGUGGCCGAGAGAAAAGCUUCCGAUACUGGCCACGACUUGGUUCAAGGCAUAACACGGUGACCUAUGGGAGGUUCAAGAUUACCACUCGAUUCCGGACAGACUCUGGUUGCUAUGCCACCACAGGUUUGAAGAUCAAACACCUCCUCACAGGACAAGAGAGAACAGUUUGGCAUCUUCAGUACACUGACUGGCCAGAGCAUGGCUGCCCAGAAGACACAAAAGGGUUUCUGUCAUAUUUGGAAGAGAUACAGUCGGUACGGCGCCAUACCAACAGUACUGCUGACCCUGCAAUUCCCAACCCCCCUCUGCUGGUGCACUGCAGUGCCGGUGUAGGAAGAACUGGAGUGGCCAUCUUAUCAGAGAUCAUGAUUGCCUGUUUGGAGCACAAUGAGGCAUUGGAUAUCCCACGAAUGCUAGAAAUGCUGAGGCAGCAGAGGAUGAUGAUGGUGCAAACCCUAAGCCAAUACACAUUUGUCUAUGGAGUUCUUAUCCAGUUUCUCAAGAGUUCGAGGCUUAUAUAAGUUUUCUCCACCCAACUUCGAAGUCUCGUUCUUUGCAAGAGUUUACAGAAGCAGAAGUUUGCCUUCCAGGAGAACAUGUUUCUCAUGUAGCCUGAAGAUUCUGAAUGCCACCUGACACUGCUUUUGCAGAGCAAGACGUGAAGUGCAUGGGCUCCUUCCUUAGUUCAUGCAGAAGAGGAAGGGAAUGCGUGCAGGUGUUUUGAAAUGGAAACAUACAUAUGUACACAGUGGUAUUGUGUUUUUCAUGUACUGAUGAGACCGUGUUGCUGGAGACAUACAACUGCUGAUCCUAUGAAGACACUACUGCACCAUACUGAAAAUCAUGAUGGUUAUUUUUUUAUUAAUUAAAAGCUAUGCCUAUGUAUACUUGUAGAUAUACUGUGUGUGAAAGAAGUGUGCCCUGUGUAGACAGUAAUCACAAAUGGCAUCAUUGUGCUUGAGUUUUCUACUCCAAUCUCUCUCUCUCUCUCUCUCUCUCUCUCUGUGUAUUAUACUGAUUUUAUAUUGGAACCAGCAUCAGCAAAAAGCCAUUAAAGGAAGCACUUAAUGCAGAGAGUGUUGGGCUUUCUUUUGUGAGGGGUGGGGCACUCCUCUAGAAGCUGCAGGCUACAGAUGGCACACAGUAAAAGAAAUUGAGUUUUUUGCUUAAGAUUUGUAAAGGGAAAAAGGAUUAAAGGUGACAGUGGCUGGUAAAGUUUGUGGUGUCAUAAAACAAGUAGUUGGCAAAUCUUUGAAGGAAACAAAAAGAAAAUGGGAUGGCAAAAGCCAGCUGCUUCUGUUUUAUCCUCCAACAGGAGAUGAUCGUCGGGUCACAUUCUAGGCCAAAAAGAAAAAGUAUUGCAAAUCCUAUGUAGCCCCUCAAAAUGUCAGAAAGUAAUUAUUGAUGAAGUGUAGCUCCAGAAUGAUUUGUUUAAAGAACAGUUUGCUACUUGUGGUUGAAAUCAAGCUGAAUACAGGUGAAUAUUUAAACACUUCUUAAAUAUUUUAUUUAUCUAGGAAAGCAGUAUGUUUAUCUGCUUAACAUACUGUACUAAAUUUUUGUUUUAGGAAAAGGGUUUGAACACGGAGUACAAAAGGACUUGGUUUAAUGUGGAAUGUGGCUAUUGGUUUGUAUAACAGCAAGUGGCUGUAAUAUUGCUUUUGUUUAUAAUUCCCUAUCAAGAAAGUAAAAAAAGAAAAAAAACGAACCUUUUUUGGAGUCACCAAAUUUAUUUAUCUUCUCUCCUGGAUAACAGCAGUCCCUCCAACAACUUUGUGCUAAACUUAGAAAGUCUACUUGCUUCUUAAAGCAGAAAUGAUUACUGCUUUAAUUGAGUUAUAGCUGAUGGAAACUACUUAUGAAAAGCAAAACAGUUAUGUAUUUUCCAUAAUGCUGUAUAAUGUCUCAAAGAGAUUGGAGGCAGGGAGAAAUGGAUGGACAGAUGUGUACAGCACAGUAAGUGUAGUGUGAUACCUUGAAUAACAUGGAGCUAUUUCUUCAAAGCAGCACUAUCUGGGCCUCUGAGAUUAUUGUAUAUUGUUAAGCCAGAAGUUAAAUCGAUCAGUGUUUGUGGUGCAGACUCUAAGUAACAUUUCUUUUAAACUUUAGCCAUGUCUGUUCUUGCGUUAUACACUCUCCAGUGAGAUGUCAAAAGAUGUAUCUGGGAUACUUUGAGUAUUUGAUUACUCUUCAUGGCAAAAAGAACAAACAGAAAAGUCAGAUUGGUUGGUACUAGUGAUGCUAAUUUCCAGUGUGCAAACUCAGUUUCCCUUGUUUUUUCACCCCUUGAGAUAUGUAUGUAUUAACUAGUUUUCUAGCUAAGUUUUACCAGGUGACAAACAGUAGCAGUUUCUGAAAAUGAUCCAUUUGAGAUGUGGGCUUUUGCCUAAAUUCCUUGAAGAAGCAUUUCAUUUUGAAAACACUAUCUUCUUCAAAAGAGCUUUUCAUCAAGUUAGAUAUCCUGCAUGAACUUUUAAAGGUGGGAUGGGGCCAUGCAUUAGAGAGGGCCGAAGAUAAAUUUGGAAGUGUUUGUAUGUACAAUACUGUACAGCAAUCUGCAAGAUGAUACUCCUAGGGCAUUCAUUUUAAUUUUUGAAAUGUAAUAUGGUAUACAAACAUGUAGUCCAAGUCUAUAAAGGUGUGUUCCAAAUCGUUUUCGAAAAUUCAAAUUUUAAUUUUUAGGGCUUGGUUAAAUUCUAUCUUUUGGCUCUUCUAAGUUCUGUGGAAAAAUAUUCACUGUAAUGUUUUCUGUAUAAUGAAAUUGUUCUCUGUUUAUUUUGGCCUGACUUGUGCAGCACAAGGUGGAAAGGGAGAAGUGGAAUUUUUAUGUUAUGGAUUAACCUAUUUUUGAGCUGAAUUGAAACAACAGCAGGUCUCCAGAGCUCAAGGAUUCUGCUUUUGUUUGUCUCUCAGGUGGAAUGUCUUUUAGCAGUUAUACUUACUAAGAUGUAAGAAAGAACAGGUUGAUUUCUCUGUUCUGUGCUUGAAUGAUCCAUAGCCUUAAUUAGCAUGUACUACAGAGCAAAAUGUACUGCAAAGUGUAGUCAUACUCAGCAUAUCUACAAUUAUAUGCACCUUGUUAAGUGAUUUCCAUGUGAACAAUGACGGGCUAUCGCAAGCAAUGUGAUUUAUAUGGUUGCUCUGCUGUUUGUGAUUGUAUGUGGUUUGCAGUUCUUAAAGCUAAGCUCAAGAUCAGACUUAUAAGCUAACACUCUUAUAAGCAAACAUUUUAGACCUAUUUCAGUGCAAUGAAGUGAAGAGUUCAGAAAUCUCAGUGGUACAAUAUUGUACUGUCCAAUCUUGGUGCAAUCCACAGGACUAUGGAAUUACUCCUUUCUUUGUGAGGCAUACUCUUUUCCUUCCUGUCCUGCAAAAAGCAGUUGUAGGUCAAGUUGCUCUAACAUUAGUUUGGGCCAGAGGGGAAAUAUUUUGAAGAAUGUAAAAGACUGGAAAGGGGGAAAAGGCUGCUCUCUGAAUUGUGGAUCUUGUUACUACAGUACUAUAGGGACCAGUUUCUUUGUCUUUCUCUUGCCAUUUUUUUUUUUUUUUUUGCACAUUACCCCUUUGGAAAAAUGUGCAGGUCCAAGCUGUAAUAUUGGAUAUUCUAGGUUAGUGUUUCUCAACCUUGGCAACUUGAAGAUGUGUGGACUUCAACUCCCAGAAUUCCCUAGUCGGCAUGGGGAAUGGCUGGCUGGGGAAUUCUGGGAGUUGAAAUCCACACAACUUCAAGUUGCCAAGGUUGAGAAACACUUGUCUGGAUCUUUGACUGAAGCAGACCCCUCUUGCAGUGUAUAGUGAGUCUUUCCAACUCAAUUCUUGCUCUAUUAUUCUGAACAAAUCCUUUGGGCAUAAUUUUCCUGAAACUGCAUUUUAUAUUUUGAACAAGCUACUAAAUGAACUAGUACUGUAUGUUGUUUGGCCAAAAUCAAUGUUGACAUGAUGCUGUGUUAUGAAAUGAAGAAAGUGCCACUGUGUUUUUUCCUCAAAGAAGUCCCAUGGUGCUAAAUAAAAUAGCAUUUGCUGUAAUAUAGAUGAAGCAAACCACAUAGUUUUGGUUAGUGUAUUAGAAUGCAUGUCUUUUAGAAAUUCCACUGCUUUAUUUAGUCCUCUAAUAUUUAAGCACAGAUUGAGAAGAAAUUAUGCCUAAACAUAUGGAGGGAAGUUAUGUGUCAUUUUGUUUUAUUAGAGCCACCUUUAAACAUGAAGGAAUUUGAAACCAUCUAAAAUGAGCUUCCAUGUUCCAGAAUAGGUUCACUAAACUAUGUUCCUAUUAAAUCUUCAUAAAAGCUCAAAAAAUACCCAAACCUUGCUAAAGCAUACUUUUUAACAGACAAAAUACAUAAAAUCAGAAAUAUCAGACUUUCUUCAUGAUGCUGUUUCCUUGUAUUAAUCUUGGACCCAAAAUAUGUCUGACCUCAUUUGUUGGAUUACUGUGAGAGACAGUUUGGAUUCAUAGGCUACUACAGUGGCAGGGAAUAUAUUUUGAAGUAUUCAGUUCUGUGCUUUUUCAGCCAAGGAACUACAUGGGUAAGGUGAAUGAACAGGGGUGUGCAUUCCCAUGCCAGUAGUAUCCUCCCAAGGGACUGAAUGGCACUUGUUUGGAAAGAACUGUGUCAUGAGCAUCAUUCAUGUCCUACCAUACUGGAGAGACCUUGCGUUGGAGUCCAAGAAAGCAACUCCCAUGUCUCUCUUCUAAAGUGUGAAGCUGUAGAGCUGGAAGUUAGUUUUUGGGGAAGGGACUGAUAUUGCAAGGUAUGUUGUAUCUUGAAACAGAUACCUCAACAUCCCACUAGCCUUAAGCAAUUAUAUCUAUGCAAGUGAAAGAGAUGAUGGUUUUUACACAAUUUCCCCUCUUCUUUUUUAUGUCAGUAUACAAGGAUUUUUGCAGUAUCUUGCUUGAACAAGUGUCUGAAAAUUCAAGUAUUAUUUUUUAAUGUCAAGCUAAAGUGUUUUUUUAAACAAUAAGCUCUACUUUAUUUCAAUCAAUAGUGUAAAAAUGUAUAAUUGCUGCAGCUUUAAAUCAUGUACAAUUGAGAUGGGUUUUUAAAACAAUGUGCAGAUUAUGUUUCAUAGGGUUGUUUUUCUUUGAUAUGUAAUAUAUGUGAAAUGAAUUAUAUCAUAGUCUAUUUUUGCCAUGAAAAUAAAUAUUUGAAGCGCUUAAAA